AGCUGCAAGAACAGGAAGGGGAAGACCAGCUUGUGGUUUACAAAACUAAAAUCAGCAAUGUUAAUGUUUUUGAUUGCCACCAGCUGCUGGCUGUGCUAAUUCUGCAAACAACAGAUGCAUGAGCAGUUUAACAGCUGGGUGUGUGUGUAUGAAGUGUCAAUCAAGAGAUGAGUCAAAAAUUUGAGGGGGUAGGAUUUCCUUUAUAUUCUUGGAUGUGUUGAGUAGAACAAAGCUCUACGGGCAGCAGACAGCCUGGUAUCGUGUCACGUAGAAGUUCCAUACCAGUGAUCUGUGCCCUUUUGGCCUGGAAAACGCCAGGCAGCCAUGACAACAUCUGGAUCCCGAGCCCUCAUCUUCCUCCUCCUCAUCCUCAGCUCUCUCUCAUCCCUGCUUUAUUACAGCUUCUUGGACGAGAAGCUCUAUCUGCAGAAAUAUCAUCCAGAUGUUCCUCAGAGAAACAUCAGCAUCCUGCUGUGGCACUGGCCGUUCGGCCGCUCAUACAGGCUCAACGGGAACAAAUGCCUCGAGAUGUACAACAUCAGCCGAUGUUUCCUCACUGAUAACACCUCCGCCUUCUCCGCUGCUGAUGUGGUUGUCUUCCACCACCAGGAACUGAGCAAAGGUCUGUCCUCGCUGCCCCUGCACCAGGAUCGCCCGGCUUCCCAGCAUUGGGUGUGGCUGUCAAUGGAGCCUCCUGUCAACAAUGCAAACCUCACACAGCUUAAUGGCCUCUUCAACUGGACGAUGAGCUACAGACGUGAUGCAGACAUAUCUAUCCCUUAUGGAAAGACCAUACUAGGAGGUGAUGAGCAAGGCUUCCAGGGUGCUCCAAAUCGCUCCUGCCUUGUCAGCUGGGUGGUCAGUAGAUACCGGCCUCACCAGGCUCGGGCUGGUGUUUACCAAAGUCUAAAGAAGUAUAUCCCCAUAGAGAUGUACGGCAAGUGGAACAAGAAACCCCUGUCAGACAAGAAGCUGUUGCCCACCAUUGCAAACUGUCUUUUUUACCUGUCUUUUGAGAACUCUGAGACGAAAGACUACAUCAGUGAGAAGCUCUGGAGGAACGCUUUCCAAGCAGGCGCCGUACCGGUGGUUCUUGGCCCCAGCAGGGCCACAUACGAGGCCCUGGCUCCCCCUGGUUCCUUUAUCCAUGUCGCUGAUUUCAAGAGCACAGCAGAUCUGGCUGCCUAUCUGAAGCAUGUGGCAGCAGACCGGCAGGCCUAUGAGAAGUACUUCCAGUGGCACCGCACUCACAGAAUAAAAACCUACACUGACUGGAGAGAACGGCUGUGUCAAAUCUGUGUUAAGUACCCCAGUUUACCAGGAAAUAGAGUCUAUCAGGACCUGGAGAGCUGGGUUAACAGCUAAGAGUUUAUCUCUCCAUGCUUUCAGGUCACUGAGGUGUUUUGUUUGGGACUGCUGAAACUGCUGGAUUACCACAUACAAAUGUAAAAUACCAUACAGUGACAGUUUGAAGUAGGAUUUAAUGUGUCUCAGUCAGCCAUGCAGUGAGGAACUGCAAAACACAGAAACAAAUCUCAAGUGGUUAUUUGGGUUGGCAGUGCGCUGUACGAAAAAGCGGAAGUGGGAGCUUGUGUGUAACCAUAAAUAAGCAUGUUCCAUUUGUUCUAACCACGGAGGAAAGUUUCUCUUUGCAACAAGCUACUGAUUACUAUAAACAAUGAGGGAUAUUUCAUUAUUCUUCACUUGAAAUGUCUGCUCAUCAAAAAACAACAAGAAAGACAUUUUGUUUUCUUUAUUUGAAUUAUGUUUGUCUGCUCAGGGCCCCGAUAAGUACUUCAAACUAAGUACUUGUGAGAUCAUCUCCUAUUCUUUUGACCAAUUGCAGAUGAUUUAGUGCUUUAAAAACAAACUAAAAUCUAUGGUGUUAAAGACAGGCAUUGUAUACACUUAACCAUCUUCCUUAUAGGCCUCAGCAUGCUUCAAACAAAGUGUUUGAGAUUGUCUAACAGUGUCUGAAACCUCCCUUUCUAAUGUUUGAAUAAGCGGAGCUGCAUCUGACAAUUUUUGUAACUUUGAAACCUACCUGGAGUUUUUGAUUAACACCCACGUUAUGCAACAAUUGUCGAGGUGUGUGAAAGUGGGAAUAUAGACAGGGUUUGAACUUCUCUCUCAUACAGUCUUUUUUCUUUCUUCACACAACUACUCCUGUCACUUUUUGUGUGAACAACUGAGUGUAACACUAUGAAUGCUUUCUAGGAGAGACUGAAGGUGUGUGCUGUUAUCCCCAUUUGUAUGAUUCAUCACAUUAAGACUACGAAGACAAGCAAAACACCCCACAAAAGGGCCCUGUUCUUCUUAUGUGGAUAACUGAGUUAUCCAGAUGUUGAUGUGAGUCUGGAGUUUUUGGUUCUUGAAAGCUGGUCUAAAAUUAAUCUGUAACUGUUAGAGCAACUAGUCCUUAAGCCCAAACCUGCAAAAGUACAAGCUUAUUGACAGUUAGUAGGAUCAUGACGAAGACAUUUUAGGGUUCAGAUAGAAAUGGAAUUUGUUUGAAAGUUAUUGAGAAAUUGUUGGUGUAAUUAUCACAUUUUAAUUAUCAUAAUGAAGAAUACUUAUACACAAUAAAAUAUACAAAAAAUUGUACACUAAAAAAGAAUCAAACCAAGUGUAGAUUGAGAUACUCAAAAAGACAUUUACUCAGUUAAAUGAACAAUGGAGCCAGAACAUAUGGCAUUUAAUUUGACAUUAAAAUGUGAAUUUGUCAUGUAAAUUAAAUUAUUAACUGCUCUAACUAAGAACUCACUUUGCUGAAAAUUGUUCAUGCAAUUAAAGCUGCUUUUUACGAGAUUUUAGUGAGGUUUAAUUUUCAAAGCAGGCUUAUGAUUAUCACUGAAACAUAUAUUGCACGUCUAGUGGGAAACCACACCAAUCACACACCUAAUAUCACUAGUAGCCUAACCACAUUCACUGGUAAUAUCCAAUGUUUAACAGUGAUCAAGUAUGGAAACAGUGGAAACAUUGUGAAGCACAAUGUAGAACAAAUGAUACCAGUAACAAUGCAGUUGUUAAAAUGAGACUUGUCAUGAAGGGUUCCCAACACACCUACCUCAUGUAACUACGAUCACAUGAUCAGCACUCAGCCAGUCAUAUGAAUGCUGAUCAUGGUUUCAACUCUCUACUCAUUUUGCCUUUAUUUCAAAAUAAGAGUGCAGUGUUAACCAAAAUAACUUCAUCCAUGAUUAACAAAUCAGUCCUCAAACUGCUUUAAGAAAACCAAAUUAGCUGGAUGAGAAUUAUUUUAGCCUGAUAACAGCUUGCUAGUCUGAAUUAGUUAAGAACAGGGCAAUGGAGUUCUUGGGGAGAGACUGGGAAGACAGUGGGAUUUGAAAGUUUAAAACCAUUAUCAUCACGUUUGCCGUUAGACGAGGUUGGUAGAUAAGCUGUGCGAACUAGUUGGUUUGAAGCUUACUUAACUGUAGACAUGCUAAAACCUUUCCAGUUGCACCUCAAAAAGGAAGAAAAACAGGUUUGUGCCACAAAUCAUAUAAAAAUACUGGAUUGGUUGCUGCAGUAUAUCUUUUAUUUUAUUCAUUUUGUAAGGGACCAUGUACAAUAUCAAACAUAAAUGUUGCCAAUUUGCUUAAAGCAAAUUUACAGUUUUUAUGUAGGUGUACAGAAAAGUAAAAACAGGUGUGGUUUAUGAUAUUGUAUUAGUAUGGAGUUUAGUCCACAAUGACAGUGCUCAUAAACACUGACAACAUGUAUUGACACUGGCAAUAGUGCAGUAUACUAUGACUGGAAAGAUUUCAAGUUAAGCCUGACUUUGACAGAGUCAUAACUUUAACUUCAUACUCAUGUCACACACAUGGGGAUUACCUGAAAAGUCAAUGUUCUUCCAUUCAGUGGUGGAAGAAGUAUACAGAUUUUUUUUUUUGAGUAAAAUACGUAAUACUACUUUGUAAAAAUACUCCCAAAUGUCCCCAGAAAAGCACCCCUCAACACUACCACCAGGUCUAUCAAAUGUUUAAAUCACCUGCAUAUUUUUAUGAUGUUUCAAAGAUUUGCCCACACUGCCAGGAACAAAAUUUGGGGGGAGAAAUGCUGAAACCUACUUUUUAGGACAUAACUUCAAUGUUAGCCAUGGCCCUGGUUAUAAGUAAUGUCCUUAUCCAAUGGAUCAUAAAAAUAUGAUGAUGAUAUCAGCUAGACAGCUACCAUAUUAAAAUGCUGCUUACAUACUAAUGCAUUAAUAAUAACAAUCCAAUAGUAUAUUUAGUCAAGUACUGUACUUUACUAGUUCCUUUUUCUGCUACUUUAUACUUUAUACUCCACUACAUUUCAGAGGGAAAUAUUGUACUUUUUACUACACUACAUUUAUCUGGCAGUUAUAGUUAAUAGUUACUUUGCACAACAAAACAUAUGCACUUACACAAAUGAUAAAAUAUGAGGCAUUGUUACAAAUUAAACUACCCAAAAGCAGAUAUAGUAAGUAUCUUAACUAUUUAUAGAAAUUAAAUAAAAAUGUGUCUUACACAUUUACUCACUAUCUUAGGUGGUCAGUUGACCAGAUUUUAUGAAUCUUUUAUUUCUGUCAGUAUUAUUGACACCAUGUAAUAUGAGCCCUCUAAAACAAUCAUAUUGGUUUCUUUCUUGUGACAACCUUGCCCUUUCACUUAACAUAGAGGCUCUAAAUUAGGGGCCCUCUGUCCCCUGUAGGCCUGUGUCCAGUGUCAUGUAUCUAAUAGUAUACAACACUGAAAGGGGCCAUUCUGCAUAAUAAGUACUUUUGAUUCUUUUACAUUUUGCUUUAGUAAAAUUUGGACUGCAAGACCUUAACUUGUAACAGUGUUUUUCCAUUGUAUUGCAACUUUAAAGUAUCUGAAUACUUCCUCAACGACUGAUAAAGAUGCCAUGAAUUAAUUACUGUAAAUUUACUGUGCAUUUACAACAGUAUCUUUCUAAAAUAAUAAUAUUCAUCCAACAACUAUUUAUCAUGCUAAGGAUCAUCUUAUUUCUUUGUCUUUUUCUUCCUUUUUUGUGUAACCUAU